AAAAUGUCACGUCCAUUCCGAAUCUUCGCUCUACCAUUAUCUCGUUUACCUCGUCCCAAUCUCCCUCUCCCGCUUCCCAAAAACACUCCCCCUACAAAACCACUCGACUCUUCCACCUCAAUUACUCCCAAAACGGAGAACCCAGAGCAAAACAUAGUGAACAAUGACUCAAAUGAGACGAAAACAUCCACUGUCAACCAAGAUACAGACCAAACCUCCCCUCUACUCCUCUUUCAUGUAUCUCAACCUGACCCUUCACCAGAAAGUUCUCCACCUUCACUCACCUCCCGAGCUCUUCAACGUGCUUCGGACGCUUGGUUGAAAUUAGGUGAGAAACCGAAAGAUAGUUGGAUGGGUUGGUUUUAUUCAAGAGGGGAAGGAUUGAUGGAUAAGAUUGAAUAUGAAGAAUGGGCUUUGAAAGGGGUACAUGAGGGUAGAGGUGUGAAGUUGGUCAAAGAUGGUGAAAUACAGGAAAGAAUAGAGAUACCAUUACUAUACCCGAAUUUGAAAGACCCUAUGCCUCCGUUGAUACCCAAACUAGACAAGAUGUUGGUACAUAGAGUUCCUUAUCAUCGAAAGAUGAUGAUCCGGUCAUUGGUAUUCUCACCCGUCACCUUCCCCUUCGCCCUCAUACCCAUCAUCCCCAAUUUCCCCCUCUUUUACGUCUUAUGGCGAGCUUGGAGUCAUUACAAAGCCUGGAGAGGGGCGACAUACCUCGAAGGAUUAUUAAGAUUGGGUAUGAUCAAAGAAGUGCCAUCGACGAUUUUGACAGAUGUGUACCAAGAAUCAAAUCAUAUGGACCACUCAGGACCUACGAAAGUAUCUGAAUCGAAUGGCUUGACAGGAGUUGGGGAUAAGAAAGAGAAAGAGAAAGAGAAAGAGAAAGAAGAAAAAGCUAACAAUACAUCUAGACAUCCUAGUGUUUUAUUAUCCACCGAGAAAAUAUCCCGUCUGGCGGAGACAUUCCACCUUAGACCACAAGAGAUUAUGGACAUUACAAGAGCUGUGGAACAAGCUGAUUUACGUGCGAAAGCUAUAGAUAAAGAAAAUACUUCCAUUGAGAAUGAUGGAUCAGGAUGGAGAGGGAAUUUACAUCGAUAG